AUGACGAGUAGGGUCAUCAAGGAUGGCAACAGCAUUCAUUAUGCCUCAAAGUUGCAAGAUGCCAUAAGUGAUUCGUCGGUGGAAGCCAUCUGGAAGAUGUAUUCGAUGGCGAAGGCAUCUUUGCCAUACAAGGAUAGAAUGGAUAAUUUGACGUGGAGGAUGCUAGGCAUGCGAAUGAAGAGCAUUCAUCAGCAGCACAAGACUCCCCAUGUCCAGACGCCAGUUGCCGACACGACCAAGAGUAACGAAUUUGGGCAUGAUUUUAAUUAUAUUUCACAUUUGAAGGAACUGAAUGAGAAGUCUCCAAAUGAAGAAAUCGACGUCGAUAUGGACUAUGGAGUCCAUGAUGAGGGGAGUAAUAAUAAUUUUUUUCAGGAUUCAAUCAACCCGCUGAGUACUGUAUUGGAUGAUAACAUUACUGUACCCCUUAGUGCGGAUCCCAGGGAAAAUCUACAGAGUCAUCAUCAUCACUAUAGCUCCUUCUCGAGCCAUUCACAGACCGUCGGUUUCCUGACGGAUACUGCAUUGCAUGAUCAAUUUAACCUUUUCGACAACAAUUCGACCACUAAAGAAUUGGAGCAACUCGAUGAGCACUUUGGGAAUGAGUUUUCUAAUUCUCCUGCUGCUAUGAUAAGUGAUUCGUCGGACUCAAAUUUGAAAGAUAAAAAUUCCUUAAUGACUUCAGAGAUUUUGGGGGGCCAGUCUUCAGGCACCUUCUUCGAUGAAACAACAGCAAAUACGCCAACCAUACCCAAUCAAUCAAAUUUCCUGGACCAUUUUUUUCCUUCAUCCAUCCAAUCCGUGGAGUUACCAGAAACAGCUGCAAGCGCUAAUAAAGAUGUUUCAAAUUUUGCGUCAGUAAAUAACACUCCAUUACCCACACCGACAUCGACAAAAUCUAAUUUAUCUAAGAAACCAAAUUCGACAACAACGCAACCAAGAAGAAGUUCAGGCGUGCGCAAAAAACCAGUGUCCUUGAGAAACAUACCCUCUAAUGCAUCUUCGACAUCCUUAUCGUCUUUUAACAAUGAUAGUAACUCUACAAUAGGUUCCCUACCGAAUGGUUCAAUGAAGGAUAACCAAAAUAAUAAAGAUACACAAUGUACAAAUUGUCAUACAAAGACGACGCCCCUUUGGAGAAGAGAUCCCAUUGGAAAUCCUCUUUGUAAUGCAUGUGGGUUAUUCUUAAAACUUCAUGGUGUUGUUAGACCGUUAUCCUUGAAGACGGAUAUCAUCAAGAAGAGACAAAGAAAUAAUACUUCAAGCACAAAUAAUAAUAGCAGUAACGGCACUGGUUCAGGUACAACGAGCGCGACAACACCAAGUAAUAAUUUAAGCAAACAAUCCAAAUCGUCGAGUCCAAAUUUUGAUGAAUUGAAACCAUUGAGAAAAUCAGCCUCAAAUACCAGUCCUCACACAAUAGCGAAAAGGAAAUCAGCAACAAAUUUGAAAAAGAUAACUUCAAAUUCACCAAUGUCAAGUACUGGAAUGGUAUCAAAUGACAUUGGUAUUUUGAAUAAUGAUUUAAUGAGAAACGCUGAUAGUUCAUUACUGGGGCAUCAACCAGUUGAACGGGUUUCAACACCUAAGGAAAUUAGAAGUUUUGAUUUUUUCGAAAGUUCAAUGUACAGUACUACUACUACUAAUAAUAAUACUUAUCAUAAUAAUAACAACAAUACUAACACUAAUACAGUUGAUACAACUAGCAGACCUAGUUCAAUGAGCACAAAUUCUAUGAAUAUAACAAAUAAGAGUCUAGGAUCACCAUCACUGGGUAGUUUUGAUUCUGGGAAUGAAAUGGGUAAGAAAAACUCAGUUUCAUCGUCAGCAUCAGUAUCAACGACGCCACUGAGGAAUGACAGUAAUGGUAGUAAUCGAAGUCCUCAGAAAAAAGUUAGUUCAGGAGUUCAACAUGGGACUGGUAACGGUAAUACAAAUUGGGAAUGGCUAAGCCUAAGCCUUUAA